AUGUCCAGACUCGUAGGCUCACAAAUAAGCAACAACGAACACAGGAAACACAUAUGUGAUCGAUGCCUUAACACAUUUGGAUCGGACGAACUCCUGGAAAGGCAUCUGGAACUAUGCUCGAACAACAACUACCAAAGGCAAGAAUACCCAAAACCCGGAAGCACCACGAAAUUUGAAAACUACGAAAAGAUACAGGAAUUCCCAAUCAUCAUCUAUGCAGACUUUGAAU